UGCACAAGAGCAUUUUUGUUACUGACCACUGAAAUAUGUGUCUGCAGAGACUCAGAGGUAGCUCAUCUUCAUGACUUCCCUUAACAGCCAUUUUAGCAUUCCUCCAGGCUGCUCUGGGCUGUUUCACCAAGCUUCAGAUUCUUCUCAUGAGAGAGAGAUGAGACAAAAUGACUUCUAUAAAAACCCUGGCCCGGACUGCAAUCCUCUUAUACACCAUAUGCUUUCUUACAAACUCUGAUGGGAGACCAAUGGUGAAAAGAUCAGUGAGUGAGAUGCAGCUGAUGCACAACCUUGGGGAGCACCGACACGCCGUGGAGAGACAGGACUGGCUCCAGAUGAAGCUGCAGGACGUGCACAGUGCCCUGGAGGACGCCCGGACCCAGAGGCCUCGCAACAAGGACGACAUUGUCCUGGGCCGGAGGCUGCUCCCCGAGCACCUGCGGGCAGCAGUGCAGAAGAAAUCCGUGGAUCUGGACAAAGCUUACAUGGAUGUCCUCUUUAAAACAAAGCCAUAAGGAAAAAGGCCAGAGCACUGUGUCUGUCCACGUGAGCACGUGUCUGUAUAUCACUGAUCCAGUAGGGCAUUUCAUUGUUAUUUAUUCAAACUGCGGGAGGGGUUGAAGGCUCCGCUCAAGGUUGAGUUAGACAUCUCACAAACAAAGAAUAAAAUGUGUUUACAGUCUACCCAGGACCACUGCUGCUAAUUUCUGGGUAUCUUUUGGCUAAUGUAUCCUAUUAAUUGCCAGCAUAAAAGACAGAAAGAAGCUCAAAAGAGCAAGAAAGUUGAGAAAUCAUUUAAGACCUGUUCUACAACUCUUACAUGGGCAGCACUUGUAGGCAAUCACUAGGACUGCUUGUGCUGUUAACCAGCAGUGAAUAAAGUCAGUGGAGUCUGUCUGCAGAAUGGGGCACCCUUUUGCCUAGAGUUAAAUUCUGUUUGACUUUGUACUAACGAAAAUAUGUAAACUUAAACCCACUUUGAUUUUCAGAAGGAGGGCUAAAAUCAGAUGAAUGUUAAUUACCUAGCAAAAGCUGCAUGAUAAUAACUCAGGAUUAAAGAGUGCAAAUAUAAAAUAAAAUAAAGUAGGAAGACAAAGCUUGUAAGUAGAAUGGGAUAAAAUUAAAACCAAAUAUGAGAUAUGAAAAUUUAAUUUUGCAAAAUACUGAAUCGAAGGGAAGGUUUGAUUACCUUCCUCUCCUCCAAAAAAUUACAACCUAUAAUUAACUGCAGAAACAGUGGGAGCAGAGAUGGUAGCAUGUAUGUAAGCACAGCCCUAACUAUAGAACCAGGAUAUGAUUCUAUACCAGACAAUUACAACUGAAACAAAAAUCUUGCAAUAUAAUUUUUUUGUCCCUCAAUUUCUCUAUAAACUAUAUAUCUCUGAAUUCCUGUAUGAUGUGUUAGGCCUCAUGUGUAAGUAAUUUUUGUUUGUGAGAGCAGUGGCUCUCAUAAUUAAAAUCACUCAUUUACAUAUGCAAUUUUUUUAUAGAAUUAGGAUCUCAGGUUUCCAAGUCUCCAAAAGGAGAAACAUUAACAUGCAGAAAUCAUGCUGGGAGAGGAACCAUGAUCUCUAAUACAUUCAAACCCUAAGCAAGGCUCAGAAGGAAAUGGAUGGGAAAAAAAUCAAUUAUGACAGUAAUAUAAAAAGCAGCAACUACCAAAUUAUUCUGCAUGGCAUAUGCACAGAUGUGUUUAGGAUCCUCAGUCAGUUCUGAAGAAUCAGGAAGUUUUCUCAGCAGGAAGAAUGGUGAGUGCCUCCAAACCUGCCAGAGCUCAAACUCGGUUGAGUUGCUGCUCUGAGCCGAAGUGGCUGCGUUUAUGUUCCCAUGUUGAUCCUUAUUUGUUUGUUUGAUGUCUAGCACGCCUUGGGGAGCCCGGUAAAAACCUCCUCAAUCAUUACACAUAUAAAUUCAAUCUGCUGAAGGCUAGAGACUUGUAACUAGUGAGCUGUAGUUCAUCAUCUUGGCUGUACCUCUAUCAAUGCAAAGGCCCUGGUGCUAUGAGCAGACGGGGUGUCCGGGCAAGGGCUCCCUGCCACUUGUCUGGUUGUAGAAUCGAGGCCUUAAAGUGCACUUUCUAUUUAUUCUUUUAUCAGACAUCUGUGCUAACUUAAAUAAAUAAAAUUGCAUUUUUGUACCUAUGUCUCACUUAUGUAUUACCAAAUAAAGUGGACCAAAAGCUCUUGGACAUUACAUUAAAGCAUAAUACCUGA